UGUCGCAGCUUUGGUGACGUUUUUCCAAUCGACUCCAGAAACUCUCCGCCGCCGCGGCCUAGCGUUCCCGCUCCCUUUUCCCGUUAUUUUCUUCACUCAUGUCCGACUGUCCGAACCCAAACCGAGCGAAACCCGCUGCCUUAUGACGCGCUGACCACGGGACGGUCGAUUUAAACGCAGUUUUUUACCCGGAAAGCGAGUGAAAUAACAGUAAACAGACUGAGGGAGCGAUGACAUCCCGAAGAUGGUUUCACCCCAACAUCACAGGAGUAGAGGCGGAGAACCUUCUCCUCACUCGUGGUGUGGACGGCAGUUUCUUGGCCCGUCCCAGCAAAAGCAACCCUGGAGACUUUACGCUGUCUGUCAGGCGAAAUGGAGCCGUCACCCACAUUAAGAUCCAAAACACGGGAGACUAUUAUGACCUGUACGGCGGAGAGAAGUUUGCCACCCUGGCUGAGCUGGUGCAGUAUUACAUGGAACAUCACGGACAGCUGAAAGAAAAAAACGGAGACGUCAUUGAGCUCAAAUACCCUCUCAACUGUGCCGAUCCCACUUCUGAGAGGUGGUUUCAUGGUCACCUCUCUGGUCGUGAGGCCGAGAAGCUGUUGACAGAGAAGGGCAAGAAUGGAAGUUUCCUGGUGAGAGAAAGUCAGAGUCACCCAGGAGAUUUUGUGCUUUCGGUACGGACCGGGGACGACAAGACGGACACCAGCGACGGCAAACCCAAAGUCACACAUGUCAUGAUACGCUGCCAGCAUGAUCUGAAGUAUGAUGUUGGAGGUGGGGAGAAAUUCGACUCCCUCACAGAUCUGGUGGAGCAUUACAAGAAAAACCCAAUGGUGGAAACACUGGGGACAGUCCUGCAGCUCAAAACAGUGUUAUGUUUCUUGCAGCCUCUGAACACAACCCGCAUCAAUGCAGCAGAGAUCGAAAUUCGGGUUCGAGAGCUCAGCAAGCUGGCAGAGACCACAGAUAAGGUCAAGCAGGGAUUCUGGGAGGAGUUUGAGACGCUUCAGCAGCAGGAGUGUAAACUGCUGUACAGUCGCAAAGAUGGCCAGCGGCCAGAAAACAAAAACAAGAACAGAUAUAAAAACAUUCUUCCCUUCGACCACACGCGAGUCGUGCUGACCGACGGUGACACGAACGAACCGGGCUUGGACUACAUCAAUGCCAACAUCAUCAUGCCUGAAAUCGAGACUAAGAGCAACAACUCCAAGCUGAAGAGGAGCUACAUCGCCACACAGGGCUGCCUGCAAAACACCAUCAGUGACUUCUGGAGGAUGGUGUUUCAGGAGAACUCUCGAGUCAUCGUUAUGACCACGAAAGAAGUGGAACGGGGAAAGAGUAAGUGUGUGAAGUAUUGGCCUGACGUGUCUGCGCUGAAGGAGUACGGAGCCAUGCGUGUGCGGAACGUGAAGGAAACAGUGGCGCACGAUUACACCCUGCGAGAGCUGAAGCUGUCGAAAGUUGGACAGGGUAAUACUGAGCGUACAGUGUGGCAGUAUCAUUUCCGCGCCUGGCCUGACCACGGUGUGCCCGGAGACCCUGGAGGCGUGCUGGACUUCCUGGAAGAGGUCAAAAUGAAGCAGGAGAGCAUAACCGGGGCUGGAGCCAUCGUGGUGCACUGCAGUGCUGGGAUUGGACGGACAGGAACUUUUAUCGUGAUUGAUAUUUUAAUAGACAUCAUCAGAGAAAAGGGAGUGGACUGUGAUAUCGACGUGCCCAAGACUAUCCAGAUGGUGCGAUCUCAGCGUUCAGGAAUGGUGCAGACAGAGGCCCAGUAUCGCUUCAUCUACAUGGCUGUGCAGCAUUAUAUUGAGACCCUACAGCGCCGCAUAGAGGAGGAGCAGAAAAGUAAAAUUAAAGGACGCGAGUACACCAACAUCAAAUAUUCUCUCUCUGACCUGACCGGAGGAGAUCAGAGCCCUCUGCCACCGUGCACGCCAACACCAACCUGUGCCGACAUGAGGGACGACAGCUCUCGAGUCUAUGAGAAUGUGGGUCUCAUGCAACAGCAGAAGAGUCACAGAUGAGACUUAAACUCACAGAAUAAACGGUUUCUGUUGUUGCCAGACGCUCCUGAACACCUAAGAAGUGAUCAUGACUAAACCGAGAGAUGACAAAAAAAGACGAAAAAAAAAAAAAACAUUCCAGAGACCGGUCAACACGAGCUCAGAGACAUGUGGAUGGAGUGAAUCUCAUUUCUCCUUCCAGCUACGUAGCCUUUUAACCCCACACUAAGAAACCACUGUGACGAUCAUGAAGCCUUAUACAGAAUAAACCCAAAACAGCCCCUGCAAAAUCAUGUUUUUUUUUUUUUUAGCUGUGGAGUUUUCUGAAAUCGAUUCAGGCUACUUUUAGCAAGUGUGGGAAAAGCUUAUGCUCUUACAUUGUCAUUUCUUUUUCCAUUUCUCCUAAACAAAGCAAGAACGCUUUCUGGAACACAUCAAGUGUGAUAUUCAAACUGAAAAUGGACACUAUCAUCACAUACGCCUUUGCUAAAAUAAUUGGGAGCAGAAGAGAAGCGAAAAAAGAAUGAGGUGCAUCCCUUUCCUCGGCAAGUGAAAGAGAUGCACCUCAUUUUUUCCAAUACAGUUCAUUCAUGUUAUAAUCUGUAAAAAUGUCCUGUUUGUGCCAUUCUAGUGCUAGUGCUAAAUUCAGAUCAGAGGAUCCGAAUCAUUCUAGUCCACUUUCACAGCCUCUGCCUUCAGUUUAAGCCCAGCGUCCUUAAGACUUUGCUCCAAACGGCAGGAGAACUUCAGCACACCCUCGGUUUGCCUUUUUCACCCCCCUCAAGAGUGACGUCCUGACUCUUCCGUGGGACAAAACGUCCGUGUCACUGGCUUGUUUGUGUUAAUGAAUUAUUGUUCUGUUGCAUCAGGCCACCCAGCAGCUGCUUUGGCUUGACUGCAAAAUCUGUUUCUUAUUAUUUUUUUAUGAUUUUGCUGUCUUUUAAAAAAUAUAUAUAUAUUUACGUCAAAGCAGCGUAUGAACUCAAUUUCCAAAUCACUGUUUUAAGAAUGACUGCACAUUCAUAACCCUGGGGGAUUUCUGCUUGUAAAGAGCUGUGGAUAUAUUUAUGGGUUUUAAAGUGUUAUUCAGGCCCUCUAUGAUGGACAAACUUGACUUUUGGAUUUGUUUUGCCAGGUCACAUGCCUUUGUUUUCUUGCGAUGCUAACUUUUUGGCUUUUGUAGAUUUUGCAAGCUUCACUAAACCAAGCUUUUCUCGUGUUCAGCAUCAGCAGUAUUUCAUUAAUGGUUUGUUUAAUGUUUUCGCAAGUGCUUCUUCCUUCAUAACCAUCUGUCUUAAGAUCACCGUUACGUUCUUAUUAUCUGGCUUUGACUUUCUUCCUUUCUUCAUCUUGAUAGUUGAUUCCUUGCAUGUUUAUAACAUUGGUUUUCUGGCAGACGACGAGCUCAGCCCAUCAUGUAUUCGGCGUACUGUAGUGUGUUUAUCGUCCUGAAGUGUGUGAGCGUGUUUGUGUCUUGCAAACAAAACCGCUGUUUGUUUGCUUUCUCAAGUCCGGUCUUCUAUUUCUGCCAUGUUUUUUGUUUCUUGUAAACAUGACACACGUUCCUGUAUGUCGGUGACCAGUUAUCUUCCUUUACUUUCUUUUGAAACCAACAAAAAAAUGUCACGGUCCUCUUCGCUACACAGAAAGCAUUACGAUCCAAAGCAACUAAUGUGAAUUUUUGUCAUCGUGAAGAGAACGAAACGGUUGUGGAACUCAAUGCAAACUAUAUUUUUAAAACUUGUAUAUUGUACAUGAAUAUCUUGUAGAGGAGAAUGUACUUACUAAACAUAUGUAAUUGCCAUUAAGAUAUACUGUAUGUUUAACCCAGCAGCAUUUCUUCUCGUGCCAGACGGUGAGCCUUACAGAAGCUAAUAGGGUUGAUCGUGUUGUUCAGCUAGCAAUGCAAUUAACCAACAUGAACUCCUUGAUAACAAUAAACAAGAAGCUCACCUCUU